AUGUCUCUGCCGGCCAGGCAGGAAGCUGUAUCAGCCGCUGUCUGCAUCCUCUUGUUCCUCUGCUCACACGGAGCCCCAGUGUCCCCCACAGACACUCAUCUGAUGCUGUGCCAGCCACACAGGAGAUGUGGGGACCAGUUCUAUGACCCCUUGCAGCACUGUUGCUAUGAUGAUGCUGUGGUACCCUUGGGCAGGACCCGAAAGUGUGGCAACUGCACCUUCAGGGUCUGCUUCGAGCAGUGCUGCCCAUGGUCAGUUAGGAGGCCCCAGGAAUCCUUCGUGGUGAAGGUGAAAGGUCAAAACUGUUACUUGGCCCCAUCCUCAGAUGAUAGGAUUUGUCGCAGUGUCAGCUGA